UUUCCCGCACCGUCAAUCAAAAUAGGAAAAAAAUCGACCCGAAUUCAGCGAUCAACACUUAGCCCGCCUAUGAUAAAAUAAUCAUGUCCGGAGUUCUCUUGAUCACAUAAUCCAUCAAUUCACGCCAUGAGCGCCACGUAAACACUUCGGGGAGUGAAACGGUGAGUUUGUACUGCCUACAGCGACGGGAGCUGCGUCCUUUUUUGCUACCUUUUUUGUUUUUGCUCGGAGGCUAACUAGCUGAAUAUGGUUAGCCACCAACAGAGCUAGCUGGCUAAGCUAGCGGGCUAGCCAGCCGCAGAGUUGACAAAGUAAACAGUCGAUCUUGUGUGCAGAAUCUCCGCUGCAAAAGUUCACUUUGGCGGUCGUCAUCCUUUUUUGGACUGCACAGUGUGGGGAUGCUUUUCUGGCAGACAGGAGUUGAAGAUUACAGAGUUUUUGCUGCUGCUGCUGCUGCUAGCCUCUCUCUCUCCCUUGCUAGCGCCCCUUGAAACAAGGAGAAAUGGCGUCCGCGGACGUGGACAGCAGUCAAAGCGAGUUCCUGCAAUCCGCGACGGAAACGCAGACGACAGAUAUGUCCGCCAUUCAGCUGUCGGGCUCAGACCGUUGGGAGGUGUUAACUCCUGUAUCAGCUGGCAAGGAAGACCCAAACGCCGGGAUUGUCACGUCCAACGGACAGUAUGUGCUUCCCAUCGGGAGUCUCCCCAGCCAGCCCAUCUAUGUCACGGCGCCGGGCAGCGAGGCCACCGCCAAUGGCGUGUCAGGGAUUCAGUAUCAGGUCAUCCCACAAAUCCAAAAUGCAGACGGCACCCUCGCAGGAUUUUCCACGCAAGCUCUGGAUGAUGGCCAGAUCCAGCUCCUCCAAGAUGGCAGCCAAACCGGUAUCGGGCUGAGCUGCGCCACAACAGCAACCACGGACCUCCUGACGCAAGCUGGCCAGGUGCAGUCCAUCCAAGGCGUCAACCUCGCUGGGGGCUCGGCGUACACGGGUGCCGUCCCUGUGGGCCUCCCGGGCAACAUCACCUUUGUGCCCAUUAACAGCGUGGACCUGGAGUCGCUCGGCCUGACUGCGGCGCAGACGGUCCCCAUAGCGACAGGGGUGACACCGGAGGGUCAGCUGAUCAUGAGCGGACAGACCCUGGAGAGUCAGGACGGCGGCGCCAAACAGAUAGUGGCGAUCGGGGGCGACGCCAACCAGGAGCUCUACGUGCCAACAACCACCGUCACCUCCUCCACUGCCUCGCAGCUCCCCGAGACAAUUGACGGGACGGGGGUGCUAACGCAAGCCACUGCCGUGUCUGUAGGGGUGUCAGACCCCUCUUCCUCCUCUGAUAACUUCAACUCACACCACCUGCAGCAGAUACAGGUGUCCUCCUCCAACGCCACCACCAUCACACAGCCCAUCCUGCAGCUGUCAGGUGACACCCAGGUGGCUCGGGGCCAGGACCUGAGCGGAACAGGGGCAGCAGGGGGUCAGACUUUGCAGAGCGUCCAGCUGGUCAACCCAGGAACCUUUCUCAUCCAGGCCCAGACAGUCACCGCCACUGGUCAGAUCCAAUGGCAGACGUUCCAGGUUCAGGGUGUUCAGUCGCUUCAGGGGCUCCAGCUUCCUCAGGGCCAGGGGCAGGCCCAGCAGCUGACCUUAGCUCCGGUCCAGACCCUUCCUCUGGGCCAAACGGGCCAGGUCAGCCUGCCCAACCUGCAGACGGUGACGGUCAACUCACUGACACAAGCUGGAGUCCAGUUUGCGCAGGGUGACGACAACAACAGCCCAGCUGGUAUCCAAAUCAAGGAGGAGCCUGACUCGGAGGAGUGGCAUCUGAGCGGCGACUCCACGCUAAACCCCAGCGACCUCAACAACCUGCGAGUCCAGCUGGUCGAUGACGACCUGGACGUGGCCAGCGGCGAGGGCAAGAGGCUGCGGAGGGUGGCCUGUACCUGCCCCAACUGUAAAGAGUCCGGUGGAAGAGGAUCCGGCGUGGGCAAGAAGAAGCUCCACAUCUGCCACAUCGUCGGCUGCGGGAAAGUGUACGGCAAGACGUCGCACCUGCGAGCUCACCUACGCUGGCACAGUGGCGAGCGGCCGUUUGUCUGCAACUGGAUGUACUGCGGAAAGAGGUUCACUCGCAGCGACGAGCUGCAGAGACACCGCAGGACGCACACAGGCGAGAAGAAGUUUGUGUGCACCGAAUGCUCCAAGAGGUUCAUGCGCAGCGACCACCUGGCCAAACACAUAAAGACUCACCAGAACAAAAAGGGCGCCGCCCCCCUUUCUUCCACGUCACCACCCACCACGGACGCCGUCAUCACCGCCGAUGGCACCACACUCAUCCUCCAGACGGCCACCGGCCACGAGCUCGUGGCCAAUCAGGAGAUCCCGCUGCAGCUGGUCACAGUGGCGCCCGGCGAGGUGUUGGAGUGAAGGAAAACACCACAAGGGACUUCUUAUGGUGGGCUCCCCCUCCUCCUCCUCUCUUAUCUUUUCUAUAUGAAUAUAUACGUAAAUAUAUAUGACAAAUAUAUAUAUUUUAACUGAGAGUUAUCAUGACUUUGUUUUUGCAGUCUUUUUAUAGGCAAGCAGAAACAUUCACAAUGUACACACACACACACACACACACACGUUAACUCAACGAAAUGCCUUAUUUUGUAUCAUAGUCGUGUAUAAAAUGCUGGAGAUGCAUGUGUGUUUUAAAAAAAAAAAUGCAACCCAUUCUCUGGGAAGUUGUUUGACGUGUGUGGUAACGUGCGCUGUGCGUGUGAAGCGUUAUCAUGGAUCGUCUCUUCUCCCUCUCCUUUUAAUCUGCACUAAAAGUGAUACAUUUGAGGCACAAACGUCAAAUUACCUGUAAUGAGAGCAUCACUUCCUGGUUAGUGGUUGCCUAGGAAUCAGCUCCAGGUGCAUUGCUAGUGUUUGUCUACCUAUCACAGAAAGCAGCGAGAGGCGGGACAGACUAGGACAGAAUAGCCAAUCAGAGUUGAAUUUUUCAAGCAUCCGCUCAGUCAAGACAGAAUGUUUUUCUCCCUUUCUUUUGCUUGAUUUCAUUAUUUUGUAAAUGUAUCUUUGUAAGUCUUGGCUGAUCUAGUGGGAUGGGUGGUCUGUCGCUCACUUUUUUGUUCAAAGGACAAAAACACGUAAAAAAUUUGGGAAACAUUCCAGUUGAGUAGAUGCAAGAUUGCUUUUGCAAUAACUCUCCGGCCCGCGUGUGCUUCAAGUCCAAAAGUAAAACAAUCAUAUGUCGUUUUUUUCCCCUCCAUGUUAAUCCUUCUGUUUGUAGCAUUCAUUUUACAUGUAUAUUACCUUCUUGUUUAUAGAAGCCAUCACUUAGAAAUUUAUUUCAAUGUAUCAAAACCUUAUUUUAAGUGAUUUUUUAAAGACUUGGUGUAAAAAUUGAAUGUUACCUUUUUUUUGUAAAACCUUUUUUCAAAAUGGAUCACAAUAAAGUGUCUGUCACUAAAGAUGUUUAG